GUUACAUUGAGGAGCGCCCGAUCUCCCCCCACCCUCGAUGCGUUGCAUGUCCUUUCUGUUGGGGCUGCAAUCGUACAGAUCUGUUUAACGAAAUGGGUGUGCACGUCAAUAAAUAAAUAAAUAAAUAAAUCCGGUGGCAAGUGUGCAAAAUAAUUAAAACUCAAUUUGCAAUUUAAAGAGCAAACAAUUUUGACAAACAUUUGCAUAUUUGAAGUGCGAAAAAAGCCGGGAGAGCAAGCGAAAUAAAAUUAAAUAAAUCGUGAGUUGCGCGCAAGGAUAAACAGAAAGGAGGAGAAGCACGUUGCCGUCGAUUAUUAUCAGCGGCAAAAUGGAUUUAUCAAGGCGUUUGCGCUCAAAUGCCUUGGUAUUAUUCAUUGUACUGAUAUGCCUGAAAGACUCACAGAGUAGAUUUCAUGGCCAACGUGCAAAAAGAGAAUAUGGCGCAAAUAUGUAUUUGCCUGCCAGCUCGGUAACGCCUGGAGGCGAGGGUAAUGAUCCUUACGAAUGGACAGAUUGGAGCUCACCGUCAAGUUGCUCACGCACCUGCGGCGGUGGUGUUUCUUACCAGACGCGAGAGUGUCUGCGCAGAGACGUUAAUGGGGAAGCUGCAUGCAGUGGCGGUGAUCGUAAAUACUACUCGUGCAACACACAAGAUUGUCCCGAAGAAGAGCCCGAUUUUAGAGCGCUUCAGUGUUCUCGUUUUGAUGACGUCAAAUUUGACGGCGUCUUACACACAUGGGUACCCUAUAUCAAUGCGGCGAAGCCUUGUGAGUUGAAUUGUAUGCCCAAAGGAGAACGUUUCUAUUACCGUCAGAAGGAAAAGGUUGUGGAUGGCACACGCUGUAAUGACAGAGACCUGGAUGUGUGUGUAGAUGGAGAGUGCAUGCCUGUAGGCUGUGAUAUGAUGUUGGGCUCGGAUGCUAAGGAAGAUAAAUGUCGCAAAUGCGGGGGUGAUGGCAGGACUUGCAAGACCAUCCAGAACACAUUUAGCACAGAUAAUUUGGCAGCUGGCUACAACGAUAUAUUGAUUGUUCCAGUAGGAGCAACCAAUAUUCGUAUACAGGAGACAGCACCUUCUAACAACUAUCUUGCCUGUCGCAAUCUGACUGGGCACUAUUACUUGAAUGGUAACUGGCGCAUUGAUUUCCCACGUCCUAUGUAUUACGCGGGCUGCUGGUGGAACUAUCAGCGCAAGCCUACUGGUUUUGCAGCUCCAGAUCAGUUAACAUGUAGCGGACCUAUUUCCGAGUCUCUAUAUGUAGUUAUGCUGGUGCAGGACAAGAAUGUCAGUAUUGACUAUGAGUAUAGCAUACCAGAAGAAGUGAGUCAGAGUCAGCCCGACGUGCACACGUGGACCCAUAGAGAGUUUGGCCCGUGCAGUGCUUCCUGUGGCGGUGGUACUCAGUCGCGUGAGGUGACGUGUAACAACCGCGUCAGCCUGCAAGACGUCGAAGAAAGUCUGUGCGAUGCCCAGAAUAAGCCAGCUGAAAGCCAGGAAUGCGGUAUGGAGCCCUGUGCACCGCAUUGGGUCGAAAGUGAUUGGACAAAGUGCUCGAAAGGUUGCGGCUCAGAUGGUUUCCAAAACAGAACCGUCACCUGUGAGCGUAUCUCUCCUACUGGUGAACAUACCCUUGAAGAAGAUGCAGUUUGCUUGAAACAAGUUGGCAACAAGCCUGCCACAACACAAGAGUGCAAUCGCGAUGUCAAGAACUGCCCCUCUUAUCACUUGGGUCCAUGGACACCAUGCGACAAAUUAUGUGGGGAAGGCAAGCAGACACGGAAAGUAACGUGCUUUAUCAAGGAAAAUGGACGCAAGCGUAUACUGCCCGAAGAAGAUUGUGUUGAAGAUAAGCCUGAGACAGAAAAUACAUGUAUGCUGGCACCUUGUGAAGGUGUUGAUUGGAUCAUAUCACAGUGGAGUGGUUGUGACGCCUGUGGUCAAAACACAGAAACGCGUACGGCUUUUUGUGGCUCAAAGUCUGGCAAAGCUUAUCCUGACAAAUUUUGUGAGCCGGAAGUUCCAACACUAUCCCGGACAUGCAAGUCGUCAAAGUGUGAGACACAAUGGUUUACAUCGGAGUGGAGCAAGUGCUCUGCGCCCUGUGGGAAAGGCGUACAAUCACGUAUAGUCAUUUGUGGAGAAUUCGAUGGUAAAACAGUUAAGCCCGCUGCUGAUAACUCAAAAUGCGAUGCCUCUACGAAACCCGAAUCAGAGCAAGAAUGUGAAGGCGAGGCAACGGAAUGUCCAGGUGAAUGGUUCACUGGACCUUGGGGCAAAUGCAGCAAACCUUGUGGAGGCGGAGAACGUGUUCGCGAAGUAUUGUGUUUGUCGAAUGGUACAAAUUCAAUAAAUUGUGAUGAAUAUAAGAUUGAAGCACUAUCGGAAAAAUGUAACACUGAGCCAUGCUCGAAAGAUGAGUUGCUACCUCUCACAAGUACUGAUAAGCCUAUCGAAGAUGAAGAAGAAGAAUGUGGCGAUGAAGACGAAGAUGAAGAAGAUUUGCUUACAGAUAGCUCCGGUGAAACAGAUACUACCGAUGCCAUUGACUUUGAUGGAGAAUCAAGUACCUUGAGUACACUUAGAAGCGAUGACUUGAUGUACAGUGACUCUGCUUCGACUAUAGACGAUUCAUCUGUUUCUAGCGAUGUUACUGGCAGCACACUUGAAGGAUCAGGAGAUACAGACAAAACAUCAGACAGCAGUUUUUCGACGGAGGGUAGUGGAGAUGAAUCUGAGGGUACGACUGAUUUCACUGGUACUACCUCAAGUCGCGAUGCUUCCAGUUCAACCGAUCAAUCCGGAUCGACCGUUUCAGGAGCAUCUAGUGAAUCAACCGCCUCUGGGUCCACAGAAUCAAGUGUAUCUGACGGAUCAAGUGAAACAACACCUUCGGGAUCAACCGGAUCCAGUGCAUCAGAUGGAUCUAGUGAAACAACUGUUUCCGGAACCACAGACUUCACCAUUUCUGGAGCUUCUAGUGAAUCAACGGUUUCAGGAUCAACUGAUUCCAGUUCUUCAGGUGGAUCUACUGAUUCAUCUGAAUCGACUAUUGCAGGAUCUUCUAGUGGAUCAACUGCAUCAGGAUCGACAGAAUCGACUGUUGCAGGAUCUUCUAGUGAAUCAACUGCUUCCGGAUCUACAGAAUCAAGUGUUUCAGCUGGAUCUACUGAGACAACUGUUUCAGGAUCAACAGAUUCAAGCGUUUCGGAUGAGUCUAGCGGUUCAACUGCAUCUGGGUCGACAGAUUCAACGAUUUCAGGAGCCUCUAGCGAGUCAACCGUAUCUGGAUCAACUGAGUCGAGUGUAUCAGAUGGAUCUAGUGAGACAACCGUAUCAGGAUCAACAGGAUCAAGCGUAUCAGACGCGUCCAGCGCCUCAACAACAUCUGGAUCAACGGCGUCGACAGCUUCAGGAGUUUCUAGUGAGUCAACUGUUUCUGGUGCAACAGAUACAAGUGUUUCAGAUGGGUCCACUGAAUCAACUGUAUCCGGAUCGACGGAGUCGACUGUUUCAGGAGCUUCUAGUGAAUCUACAGUAUCAGGAUCAUCCGAGUCAACUGCAUCAGAAUCAACAGAUUCAAGUGUUUCAGAUGAGUCCAGUGAAUCAACAGUAUCCGGAUCCACUGAUUCUACUGUUUCGCAAGGAUCUAGUGAAUCUACUGCAUCUGGAACAACAGAAUCCAGUGUUUCAACUGAAUCAGAGUCUACAGAAUCAAGUGUUUCAACUGAAUCUAGCCAAUCAACUGAAUCAGAGUCUACAGAAUCAAGUGUUUCAACUGAAUCUAGCCAAUCAACUGAAUCAGAGUCUACAGAAUCGAGUGUUUCAACUGAAUCCAGCCAAUCAACUGAAUCGGAAUCUACAGAAUCGAGUAUUUCAACAGAAUCGAGUGAAUCGACUGCUUCAGGAUCAACAGAGUCGAGUGUGUCGGACGGUUCCAGUGAGACAACUGCAUCAGGAUCAACAGAGUCGAGUGUCUCAGAUGGCUCAAGCGAAUCGACUGUGUCAGGUUCUACGGACUCGACUGUCUCAGGAGCAUCCAGUGAAUCAACUGUUUCAGGAUCAACAGAAUCAAGUGUGUCGGAAGGCUCCAGUGAGACAACUGCAUCAGGAUCAACAGAGUCGAGUGUCUCAGAUGGCUCAAGCGAAUCGACUGUGUCAGGCUCAACGGACUCGACUGCCUCAGGAGCAUCCAGUGAAUCAACUGUUUCAGGAUCAACAGAAUCAAGUGUGUCGGACGGUUCCAGUGAGACAACUGCAUCAGGAUCAACAGAGUCGAGUGUCUCAGAUGGCUCAAGCGAAUCGACUGUGUCAGGCUCUACGGACUCGACUGUCUCAGGAGCAUCCAGUGAAUCAACUGUUUCAGGAUCAACAGAAUCAAGUGUGUCGGAAGGCUCCAGUGAGACAACUGCAUCAGGAUCAACAGAGUCGAGUGUCUCAGAUGGGUCAAGUGAAACGACUGUGUCAGGUUCUACGGACUCGACUGUCUCAGAGUCUUCUAGUGAAUCAACUGCUUCGGGCUCUACAGAAUCGAGUGUUUCAGCUGGAUCUAGUGAGUCUACUGAGUCAGGAUCAACAGGUUCAAGCGUUUCGGAUGAGUCUAAUGGUUCAACUGCAUCUACUGAGUCGAGUGUUUCAGAUGGAUCUAGUGAGACAACUGUAUCAGUAUCACCAGGAUCAAGCGUGUCAGAUGGGUCCAGCGGCUCAACAGCAUAUGGAUCAACGGAGUCGACUUCUUCGGGAGCUUCUAGUGAAUCAACUGUAUCUGGUGCAACAGAUACAAGUGUUUCAGAUGGAUCAAGCGAUUCAACUAUCACUGGUUCAACUGAAACAACUAUUUCAGAAUCAACUGAUACGAGUGGAGGUUCAACGGUAUCCGGUUCUACAGAAUCAAGUGGUAGCACAACUCUGGGAUCAUCUGGGUCCACAGAAAGUGGUUCUACAGAUGACACAACGGAAAGUGGCUCGACUGAAGAAAGCACUUCUGAAGGUUCCUCAUUAUCAACAGAAGAAGGUACAACAGAAGAUAUCUGGAGUUCUUCUGAUGAUGGAGAAAGUAGCACUCCCAAUACUUGGGAAACAGCUAUUACUUCCAGUACAACUCGUAAAUGUAAGCCAAGAAAGAAGAAGAGUUGUAAGAAGUCUGAAUAUGGUUGCUGUCCCGAUGGUAAGUCUACCCCUAAGGGACCAUUUGAUGAAGGAUGCCCGAUUGCGAAAACUUGCGCUGAUACCGAAUACGGAUGCUGCUUGGACGGUGUUUCACCAGCAGAAGGCGAGAAAUAUAAGGGCUGUCCGAAGUCUCAGUGUGCGGAGACGCUGUUUGGAUGUUGUCCAGAUAAAUUCACACCUGCUGAGGGCGAGGACGAUGAAGGCUGUCCAGAACCAACAACCUUGCCACCCACUACAACUGAAGAGUAUUCGACCACUGAAUUGGAAGGUUCUGGUGAAGGGUCGGGAACCACAGAUGGUGAUGUUGUUAAAUCAUGCAGUUUCGAAAAGCAUGGCUGUUGUCCUGAUGGUAAGACUGCUGCAGAGGGAGAGAACUUCCUAGGCUGUGAACCAGUUAUACAAUCGGCUCCAGAAGGCUGCGAACAGACUCAGUACCGUUGCUGUCCAGAUGGCCGUACACCUGCUUCUGGACCUGAUAAUCAAGGUUGUGCAGCUUGUAUGCGUGAACAGUUUGGUUGCUGCCCCGACAAUGAGACACCAGCUCAUGGUCCACUUGGCGAGGGUUGUUGCUUGAAUUCUCCAUACGGUUGUUGUCCCGAUAACAUAAAUAGUGCUCGUGGACCAAACUUCCAAGAUUGUGAUUGCGCAUAUACGCCGUACGGCUGCUGUCCAGAUAAAAAAACAGCAGCACGAGGUCCAGAAAAUGAGGGCUGUGCCUGUGAGUCAACUCCACAUGGCUGCUGCCCCGACAAAAUCACCGCUGCAAAGGGACCGAAGUUUGAGGGAUGUCCAUGUGAAACCAUGCAAUUCGGGUGCUGUCCCGAUGGUCUUACUUUGGCCCAAGGUCCAAAUCAUUAUGGAUGUCAUUGCUCACAGACUGAGCAUAAGUGUUGUGAAGAUGGAAAGACUCCCGCAAAGGGUCCAAGAGGAGAGGGUUGCACAUGCUUGGAAAGUAGAUAUGGCUGCUGUCCUGAUGGAAUUACGAGCGCGCAGGAUGAUAAGUUCGGCGGAUGCGAGAAUGUACAGGAGCCACCUCAGAAGUCCUGUGGUCUGCCUAAGGAAGCCGGUGGCUGUGGUAACUUCAGUGUCAAAUAUUUCUACGACACGGGUUAUGGAGGCUGCGCAAGAUUUUGGUAUGGCGGUUGUGAUGGAAAUGCAAAUAGAUUCGAUACUGAAGCUGAAUGUAAGGAUACCUGCCAAGAGUAUGACGGGCAGCACGUCUGCCUGCUACCAAAAAGCUCUGGUCCUUGCCAGGAGUUCACCAAAAAAUGGUACUUCGAUGCUGAUCGUAAUCGCUGUGAAGAAUUCCGGUAUGGCGGGUGUUAUGGAACAAAGAACCGCUUCGACAGCUUGGAGCAGUGUCAGUCAAGAUGUUCAAUCAGUGACAGUGUUCCACCAUGUGAACAACCCGCGGAGAGCGGACCUUGCGCUGGUAAUUUCGAGCGUUGGUACUAUGAUAAUCAAACCGAUAUUUGCCGUCCCUUCGUCUACGGUGGUUGCAAGGGUAACAAAAACAACUAUCCGACGGAGCAUGCCUGCAGCUACAGCUGUCGGCAACCAGGUGUACUUAAAGACCACUGCUCACUACCAAAGCAAACCGGUGAUUGCAGUGAAAAGCAAGCCAAAUGGCACUUCUCACCGACCGAGCAGCGUUGCUUGCCAUUCUACUACACCGGUUGUGGUGGAAACAAAAACAAUUUCCCCUCAUUGGACUCAUGCGAGGAUCAUUGUCCCCGGCAAGUUGCCAAAGACAUUUGUGAAAUACCUGCCGAAGUUGGUGAAUGCUCCGACUAUCAACUACUGUGGUACUAUGACAUCAAAGACGCAGCUUGUCGCCAAUUCUACUACAGCGGCUGUGGUGGCUCUGAGAACCGAUUCACUAGCGAAGAAGCCUGCUUGGCACGAUGCGAAAAGAAACCUGAACCGACACCACCACCACCACCCCCAGCACAGGUCGAUGUAUGUUCCGAGCCCGAGAGUGUUGGAGAUUGUUACGAGUAUGUGCUCAAGUGGCGCUAUGAUAUAGAAACAGGAAGGUGUCGACAGUUUUUCUAUGGAGGAUGCGGGGGUAAUGGCAACCGCUUCGAAACGGAGACAGACUGCCUGCAGAAAUGUGAUCGGCCAGCGCAACUACCACCACAGAGACCUGCGCCACAACCACAGCCUCAACCUCAGCCUCAGCCCCAACCGCAACCACAGCCAACGGGUGAUUUGUGUGAUUUGCCUGCUAGCGUGGGUGAUUGCGAUCAAUAUGACCUGCUAUGGACAUUUAACACAACUACAGGACUUUGUGAACAGUUCUACUAUGGAGGUUGCGGUGGCAAUGAUAAUCGAUUUAAGGCUGAAGAGGAUUGUUUGGCUCGUUGCAGUCCCAGAAUAGAAAACCGCAUAGGCGAGCCAGAGGAGCAGCCACAGGAAAGCGUGCCUCAGACAGAUACGGCGAAGUGCUUCCUUCCGGCAGUCUCAGGAAAUUGCUACAACAACGAGACACGUUGGUACUACAAUAGCCAAGAAGGUCUUUGUGACGAAUUCAUAUAUACUGGCUGCGAUGGAAAUGAGAACAGCUUUGCAAACGAAGAUGAUUGUCAAAAUGAGUGCUUAGACGCACAAAGUACAUGUUCGCUACCACCAGUUCGUGGUCGGUGUGAUGAAGUGUCGCAUCGCUGGUACUUCGAUCAGGGCACUGGCGGCUGUUACGAGUUUGAAUUCACGGGUUGUCGUGGUAAUCGAAACAACUUUGUUACAGAGGCGUUGUGUUUGAGCUACUGCCGCGGCGGUCAACAGCCCCCGGAGCAAGAACCUCCAGCACCGACAUAUUCCGUGUGCGACCUGGCACCAGAAGCUGGAGAAUGCUACAAUCAAACAACUGCUUGGUUCUAUGACAACGAAAAAAUGGCAUGUACUGCCUUCAUCUAUACGGGAUGUGGUGGUAAUGGUAACCGGUUUGAGACACGUGAACAAUGCGAGCGCCAGUGCGGCGAGUUUAAGGGAGUUGACGUGUGCAAUGAGCCGGUCACCUCUGGCCCUUGUACGCAGUGGGAGACCCGGUACUACUACAAUCGCACACAGAAUACAUGCGAUCCAUUUACGUAUGGUGGCUGUGAUGGCACGGGCAACCGCUUUAAUGAUCGCUACGAGUGCGAGACGGUAUGCAUCGGUGGCCGCGAGCCGCAGCCAUCGGGUGUUUCCAGAGAUAUCUGUCGUUUACCGGUACAAAUUGGUCGCUGCAACGGCCAAGUUGUAGCGGAACGCCGUUGGUAUUAUAAUGAUGAAGUCGGCAGCUGCGUACCUUUCAUUUACUCUGGAUGCUCGGGCAAUCAGAACAAUUUCCGUUCGUAUGAAGCAUGCACUGGUCAAUGCGGACAGCCUAUCGAACGCAACGAAAUAACGAAUAACGAAAUUGAACCUGAGCCAAACCGUUGUGAGACCUACGAAAAUAACUGCCGUGAUUUGCGUUGUCCUUAUGGUGUCCGUCGCGAAGCUGCACGAUCGGAUCCCGAUUGUACGCAAUGUGUAUGUGAGAACCCUUGCGAUGACUACUCUUGUCCGGAGAGUCAACAAUGCGAUGUUGAAGUGUCGAAUACUGACAAUCGCCAAUUCGUGCCCGUUUGUCGAGAUAUUAAUAAGCCCGGAAUCUGCCCACAGCUAAUUGCUAACGCUAGUAACUGUAUAACCGAGUGCUAUACCGAUGCCAACUGUCGCGGUGAUAAUAAAUGCUGCAACGAUGGCUGUGGAAAUUUGUGCGUUCGUCCAACGCAGCCAACACGUCCAACGUUAUCCCCGACUACGCCAGCACCAGUGAUAAUAUAUCCAGGAGAAGUGAAGGCUGCACUAGAGCCAAGAAAACAACAGGAAUUAGACGUACAGACCUCACUGGGUGGCAUUGCGGUGCUACGCUGCUUUGCUACAGGUAACCCGGAGCCAAAUAUAACCUGGUCGCUGAGGAAUGUUGUGAUUGACACCAAUCAAGGACGUUAUGUGCUCAUUUCAAAUGGGGAUUUAACAAUAGUCCAGGUGCGUCAGACUGAUGAUGGCACCUACGUGUGCGUAGCCAGCAAUGGGCUAGGCGAGCCAGUGCGUCGUGAAGUAACAUUGCAAGUAACAGAGCCCCAAGAUAUACCUGCCUAUAUUUACGGUCCUAAGAACGCUACCCAAAUUGUUCAACUCAACCGGCCCGCUCUGGUGCGUUGCCCCGCGGGUGGUAAUCCAGCGCCGGAUGUUAGCUGGUGGCGUUACAACAAACGUUUCCGAUUGAUCGGAGAGCGUCAUGAGAUGACGCGCGAAUACUCGUUGUUCUUCAAGUCCAUUCAGUUGUCCGACCUCGGUCCGUACACAUGCGAUGCUUAUAACAAACGCGGCCGACCUGUCUCACUAGUUGUCACACUGAAGGCUGUGGGGCCAGCACGUGCGGUGACCAAUGCAGAUGCACAAUACUUGAAAUAUGUUUUAGACCCAGCGACGGCACCCGCUACACGUAGACCUAACUAUCCCUAUCGCCCGUCACGCCCCAUAUAUGUGCCCCCACCAUCGCCUGUAGAAAUUGCACCACAACGAAUAAGUGCACAAGCCGUGCUUGGCUUAGAUCCGCAGAAUAGCUACACGCCUGGCUCCACUAUUGCCAUGAGCUGUUCUGUUCAGGGUUAUCCUACUCCGGAUGUCACAUGGACCAAGGACUCCUUGCUCCUAAGACCUGAUGGACGUGUGCAAAUAACAUACGAACCCCAUCGUUUGGUGAUUAGCAACGUAACAGCAGAAGAUACUGGAGUUUAUGGCUGUACAGCACGUAAUUCUUAUAGUUACAGCACCAGCGAGGAUAAUAUUCGAAUCGAAUCUGUCAUACCGGUGUCCCCAGAAUGCAUUGACAAUCCCUAUUUCGCUAACUGCAAUCUGAUUGUCAGGGCUCGCCAUUGCCAGAACCAUUACUAUGCCAAGUUCUGUUGCAGAUCUUGUACAUUGGCUGGCCAAAUUGCCGCACCACAUCCAAAUGCCGUUUAGGAACGGCAGUCAACACCGAUUGUUCCGGCAAAAUUCCACUUAGUUUUGCAACAAAGCCUUAAAUAUUAGUUUUAAAUAGAUUUUCGUAUUGAAUUGAAUCAACCAAGAAUACAUAGUGAGCAGGUUCACACAACAUGCGUAUCCUCAGGCCCCAGUGGCCCGUUUUAAAGCAGAAACCAAAAAACCGUAUACCGGCAAGGCAAUAGAUCAAAUCAAUAAUUAAUUUAGUAUAUGGUUCUUUUACCCCAACAGCAAAUAGUAUUAGCAUUUUAUGUUUUGUUCCUAUUUAUUCUUGAAUAACAGUUAAUUCAAUCCGUAGAACAAGUGGCUACAACGAAUUUUCAAUUAAUUUUAGUUUUCAUUAAAUCUAAAACAUAUGUACAUUAGUGCGUUGUCCAACGCAUUUACACGUGUAUAAAUAUAACGAUUGUAAAUAAAUUAAAAAUAAUAAAAAGUUGCAAUUCA